AUGUCGGGAUUCAUGUUCAACAUCGACGGAGGAUACUUAGAGGGCCUGUGUCGUGGAUUUAAAAACAAUAUUUUGAAGCAGGUGGAUUACCAACAACUUGUGCAAUGCGAAACGCUGGAAGAUUUAAAGCUGCACCUGCAGAAUACGAGUUACGGCAACUUUAUGGCCGAUGAAACUGGAUCAUUGACUGUAUCAGCGAUUGACGAAAACUUGCGUCAGACACUGCUUGUCGAAUUCCGGUACAUGCGCAACCAAGCUGUUGGAUCCCUUGCCAUGUUCCUCGACUACAUCAUGUACAGUUACAUGAUUGAUAAUACGAUUCUGUUGAUAACAGGAGUUCUUCACGACCAUCCAGCUUCGGAGCUUAUCUCAAAGUGCCAUCCGCUUGGCAAUUUCGAGCAAAUGGAGACCAUAAGUGCAGCGUUCUCAUCUUCUGAGCUUUAUCAUGCGAUCCUGAUUGACACACCUUUGGCACCGUUUGUCCCCGAUAACCUGUCCGAAGGAAAUCUUAACGAGCAAAGCAUCGAAAUUACCCGCAACACAAUGCACAAGAAAUACCUUGAAGCUUUCUAUAAGUUAUGCAAACGGCUUGGAGGGUCCACGGCGAAUGUUAUGUGUGAAAUAUUGGCCUUUGAAGCAGACCGCCGUGCCAUCAUUAUAACGAUUAACGCAUUUGGUACCGGAUUGUCGAAAGAAGAUCGCGCUAAGCUUUACCCAUGUUGCGGACGAUUGAAUCCGGAUGGUUUGUCCGCGUUAGCAAAUGCUACGGAUUACGAGCAAGUGAAAGCAAUAGCAUCCUUCUAUCCGGAAUAUGCUGAUCUGUUCGAUGAUCCAAAGAGUUCUGUAGAAAGCACUCUAGAAGAAAGAUUUUUUGAAAGCGAAACAUUACUACACGAACGUAGCUUUAUGCAACAGUUCCAUUACGGUGUGUUUUAUUCCUAUUUAAAGCUAAAAGAGCAAGAAUUCCGCAAUAUAGUCUGGAUUGCCGAGUGUAUUGCACAGAAGAACCGAACUAGAAUCGAGAAUUAUAUUUGUAUCCGUUAG